CCAAAGGUGUGAGCUUUGGAUGAACAUGUCUCUGGCAGUCCUGUCGAGGUUCAUAGACCUGACAGAACCCAGGUUCUGCGUGGCUGUUGUUGCCAUCAUUUUCAACCCAUUCUUCUGGAAUGUGGUUGCCAGAUGGGAACACAGGACACGAGGACUGACACGACUGUUCGGUAGUCCUUAUACAGCCUGUUAUUUCCUUGGAUUUCUCAUCCUGCUCCUAAAUGUUUACCGUAGUCACAGUAUUACAGUAGCCAUGAAGGGACAACCACGCUUGGACAUGCUGGAUAAUGUACAGGUGUACUACACAGGAGCAGCUCUUGUGGCCUUUGGUUCUUUGUUUGUUAUCAGCAGCUUCCUGGCCUUGGGUUUUACUGGCACCUUUCUGGGGGACUAUUUUGGAAUCCUCAUGGAUCAGAAGGUGACUGGGUUUCCCUUUAAUGUGAUGGACAACCCGAUGUACUGGGGCAGCACUGCUAACUACCUGGGCCUGGCCUUAAUGAAUGCCAGUCCUGUAGGGUUGGUCCUGACUGCAGUGGUUGGUUUGUCUUACUGGAUAGCUAUUGCAUAUGAGGGACCAUUCACUGAGGAGAUCUAUCGGCAGAGGAGCCAGCGGUGCAAGCACAAAUAGAGAUGAAACGUGAUUGUAAAUACACAUCACAUGUGCUGACACUUUAUGCUCACGUUCAGACAACCAUAUGGAGAAGAGUGGAUGGAAACGAGGGAUGUUCAUGAACUUCCGAUGUAAACACUGAUGUAGCUGUAACUAUUUAAGACACUGUGAACUCUGUCACCCUGUGCUGGGUGUCUUAUUGGCAUACGAGGAAUGACUGAAAGGAUAAAGCACAGCUUAAAGAAAUCGAUUAAAAUAAAUAAUUUACAGACAUAUAAAAAUUUGAAUACACUAUUAUACGUUUUUAAAUGAAAAGAAGACCCUAAUUGUUGUCAAUCUUUCAUUUUAGGAAUCACAUACUUAGCUUUUUCUCAUUUGUUCGUUAUCUGUAAGUUGCUAUGUUCGAUAUGAUGUCAUAACUGUAAAGAUUUAUUUAAGUUUUUGUUGUGUUCUUAAUACAUUCCUUACAUUCAUCCUUACUGAAUUCAGUUCGUUAAGGGUUCAUUUGUUGUAAUGUGAUGAGACUGAAUAUGACGACAUUUUUGGGUUUGUUUUUCUUCAGUACAGUAGGUUCUCUCCCUCUCCUUUGUUUCCUCCGAAAUAUAAAAUAAAUGGAUGGAUUCUAA